AUGUCUUCAGAAAACGGCGUAGACGAUUCGAUCCACACACGCGACCAUGCAGAAGAUACAAUCGUCCAUGACCAAACGCCUGCCGAUGGAAGUUCAGAUGGUGAAGGAGGAGAACGGACGGCAAGAGAGAAAUUGAAGAAGACAUCCAUCGCUGGACUUGCACAAUACUCGAAAGAGAAACCCGGUUCAGUUGGUGACCAUCCUUUAAGCGAAUCGGCCCAUGUCGAUUCCAUUCCCGAACCACAAAGCGAGAAUGGAUUGCGGGGGCGACCUUCCAAAAAGCGAUCAUUCGAAGAUCUGCAGAAUGAGGACACUGGGGUAGGCGUCGAGAAUGGCGGUCCACCCUUACCCAAAAAAGGCCAGCAUAAGAGAAUGAGAUCGAGAGAAAUUUCGGGAAAUGAUCAUAUACAAGGAUUUGAAAAGCUAGAAGACAUCGCGAGCCCAGUUCAGGAAGAGAGCGAUGCCGAAGCACAACAAUCUCCAGGCGGGCCUGGUGUGCUGGUUUCUGCGCCUCCGAAAGAAGAGACAGACAACACCACGACCAUUCCGGACGAGAAAGAUGCCACUGUCGGUUCCGAGUCCGUCGGGGUUGUUCCCACCUCAAAUGAGAAGACCGGAGUGUCGAAUACUGCAAACGUGACCGCUUCCCCAACCGAACAAGAAUCAAAAUCCCAGAUUCCACCACCUUCAGGAUUUGCUGACACGUCGACCUCGUCUCCAUUCAGCGGCUUCAAAUCGCCGACCCAAGAAUCAGAGUCCAUUUCAUCCCCCGGUAAAUCUACGUCAGCCUCGGCGUUUGCUUCGUCGGGCUUGUCAGCUUUCGCUUCGUCCGAGAAGUCACCAUUCGGAACAGGGGGAACAACAGCAAAAGAAUCGGGUGGUUUUGGUGGAGGCGGAGGACGAGGCGGUUUUGGAUCUUCGUCCGGGUCAUUUGGAGGUCCAUCACCAUUCGCGAGGAAGCCAUUGUCUGGAUUUGGAUCAGGCAGUGGUGGCUUCGGAGGUGGAGCAAAACCUUUUGGCACUGGUAUAUCGUCAUUCGCCGGCCCUGGCGGUGUACCAGGUACAUUUGGCAAACCCAAACCAUUCACGACAUCGAACGAGGACGACGAGGAUGAGGAUGACAAGGAGGAUGAUGGUGAUGACCACCAUCAGCCUGAAGAGGAUGUCCAACAAGAUCCCAGAUUCAAAGAGCAAGAAGUUGAAACGGGCGAAGAAGACGAAGAGACCGUCUUCAGCUGCCGAGCGAAGCUAUAUCAUUUUGAAAAAGAAUGGAAAGAACGUGGUGUUGGAGUAUUCAAGAUCAAUAUCCGGUACGAAAGCAGAAUGUUCUCGCCCAUGGAACGCAAAGCUCGACUUAUCAUGAGGACGGAUGGAGUUCACCGCGUCGUUCUUAACACCCCGGUUUUCAAAGAUAUGAACGUGGGAACUCACGAUGGAAAAGAACCCACCGGAAAGACCAUGCAUCUGACUGGAUUAGAGGAUGGAAAGCCCACUGGCUUCCAGAUCAAGGUCGGUAAAGAAGACGCCUUGAAAGAGAUUUACCGCAAAAUUCGAGAACUUCAGGAAGGCCUAUGA